ACAGAAGGUAGCUUUUCUGUUAUAUAUGUCUUGUGUUUGUUUUUUUGUGUAUAGAUAGAAAAUACAAAAAUAUAACAACUUUUUUAUAAUAAGACCAAAUAUACUGGAUAUCUAGUUCGGUGUGGUAAUUAUGAAAUAACUCUCUACUUAAAAAGCUCUCUGCUUUUUAAGUUUUAAAGCGUUUGAUAGCAUUCGUACACAGUAAUUUCUACUUCCUGCUGGAAAUGUUACUUCUGAGAAGAUUUCUAAUAACCAUAUUACGAAGCUAGUCACUACGCGUAAAUCACAAUGGACUCGGGUACUGAUUGGUUAUGUGAGAUUCUGCAAAAUGUGCAGCUAGAGCAGUUCUAUAUACCAAUCAGAGAUCAGCUACAGAUUACAAGAUUGGCGCACUUUGACUAUGUACAUGCAGAGGACCUUGAAAAAAUUGGCAUUAGCAAACCUGGCAUUCGAAGACUGCUUGAUGCUGUUAGAAAAAAGAAGCUGCAAUUGUGGAAUAGAAAAUUUUGGAAUAAAUUAUUUGGAUCAGGUUCCGUUACAAGAGAAAAGACUGAUAUAGCACUCAAACCCCAAAUGCAAACUGAGGCUCGUACAACAUGCAUUAUAUUAGAGAAAGAUAUUGUGUUGCACAAUGAAUUAGGUAAUGGAUCAUUCGGUGUUGUAAAACGAGGAGAAUGGAGAAUGACAGAUCAACAAAAUCAAAUGGUGCCAGUAGCAGUUAAAGUAUUAAAAGCUGAUGCAUUUUCUCAGCCAGGAAUUUAUGAUGACUUUAGAAGAGAAGUUGAGGCUAUGCAUAGCUUAAAACAUCCUAAUUUAAUUAAGUUACAUGGUGUUGUUUUUCAUCCCCUGAUGAUGGUGUGCGAAUUAGCCCCUAUGGGUGCUUUAUUAGAUUAUAUAAGAGCACAAGAUGGUAAAGUGUCUUUGAACUAUAUAUCAAAGUGGUCAUGUCAAGUAGCAGCUGGAAUGGCACAUUUGGAGAAAAAUAGAUUUCUGCACAGAGAUUUAGCUUGCCGGAAUAUAUUGUUAUCUAAUUUAGAACUGGUUAAAAUUGGUGAUUUUGGUCUGAUGCGUGCACUACCGGAUGCUGAUGAUUGUUAUGUAAUGAGCGAACGUCGUCGUGUACCGUUCCCCUGGUGUGCUCCUGAGUCAUUACGUUCGAGGCAAUUUUCUCAUGCAUCUGAUGUUUGGAUGUUUGCUGUUGCACUGUGGGAAAUGUAUACUUUCGGAGAAGAUCCUUGGAUGGGAUUAAACGGUUCAGAGAUUCUUCGGCUGAUAAUGCGUGAAGGUCAACGUUUAUCAGCCCCUAAUGCUUGCCCGCCUGAUGUCUACAUGCUGAUGAUGCAGUGCUGGGACCUCAAUCCCAAGGAACGUCCGACCUUUGUUGGUAUACAGCGGUAUAUGGAGACAAAUAAGUUUGAAACGGCAAUUGCUAGUCUUAGCUAUAGAAAACAUGGACAAAUGACUAUAGAAGCAGGGGAUGCUAUAGUACUCAUAGACAAGAGGCCUGAACUGCACUGGUGGAAGGGACAGAAUCAGACCAGCCUCGAAGUCGGGCUAUUUCCCAGUACAUUAGUGACAGCUGUUAAAAGCAAGAACGUUCAAAGCGCAAAGAAAGCCCCAGCGGUAUCACCGGUUCGAAAAGCGCACGCGGGCGGCGCGGGUGUCGCGGGUGGCGCGGGCGCGGCGGGCGCGGAGUGCGCGGCGACGCGGCGGCGGCGCUCGGCGGAGGCGGCGCAGCCCGCCAGCACGCGCCUGUCGCGCGGCGACAGCAAGCAGUUCCACUACAACAAGCUCGUCAACGACCGCUCCGACGCGCCGCCCGCCAGCGCGCGCGCCCUGCGCGACCAGUACUCCAGGAGCUUGAAUCAAGUGAGAGAAGAGCUGCUCAUCGACUUGGAUCUACCUCCUAUGACUAACAAAACACCGACCAAAAAAAAGCAAGCGAAUCCGAAUAACAUCUCUAUUUUGGAUGAACCAAUUGAUGUACCAGAAAUUGGACAAGAAUUAGAUUGGGGUCAACAAAGCAUAGAAAGCCUACCAACAUACUGCACAGAAUCUCAGACCGUGACGUCACAACCAAAUUUGUAUGGUGCUAAAUCUCUAGACGGCCUCAACUUAACGACAACUCAAGCUUAUACACCCCAGAGAGAUCCUUUUGACACUUCAUUCUGGCCAACAAAUAACGCUGAAUCUCAUGGAAAUGAACCCACGUACGAUUUAAAAAAAGGCGAUUAUCUCAAGAUGUACAGUCAAUCUCAAACAUACUCGAAUUAUGCAUCGACAAGUGCAGAUGGAAACAUAUACAAUAACAUGACUCCGGUUAUGAAUAACGUAACGAGCCAAAGCACAUCACACGGCACUUCAACGAACACAUAUUCAACUACGAAUGCUCUCUCGAAAAGGAAUAAAGAUGAAACAGAGAUAACGAUUACGAAUGAAAACGUUAAAUCGUUAGCUGAAAUGUCGCUGGACGACAGGAUAUCAGAAUCAUUGAAUCUCAGAUCGAAAAAUACCAAUGAGAAUGUUUAUACGAACAGUGGCGCGUAUGGAAAUGUAGCUUCCACAUCGAACAGCGGAAACACGAACAACGACAGGUACAACGAUAUACCGAUUUAUAGUAACUUCGAAAUAAAUCCGACACAGCAGCAGUUUAUAUUGGAGACAAAAGAUUAUUACACGAAAUUCUCGACACCGUCUGGAAGUCAGACGAAUAAUGACUACGAGAAGAACAUUUAUGUGCCGAAAUACGAAGAGGAGGGCGAGAAAUUGAUGAACUUCAGUGAUUCCCUCGAGAACUCUAAGAAUUACAGUGCUCUGAAAUAUCAGAAUGUUGAUUACGGGCAAUACGGUUACUCUGGCUACGGUGCCUCCACAUCACGGAAUGUGAUGUAUGAUGAAGUGAACGAUACUGCCAGUAAUAUUUACAGUGAGAUUGGAGAAGCCCCGGAUGUGUAUGCGAGUGUAAAUUAUACAAAUACGUGUAUAUAUGAUGAAGUGUAUGAGCCCAUACCAAGGCCUCAUCGUCCUGCACCUCCUUGCCCGUAUCAACCCAAGUAGGUUUUGUAAAUUAUAAAAAAAGAUAUUAUAUGCUUCUGGUCAUAUCGAUUUUUAGAAUGUCCUGUCUAAAUUAUUAUAAUUCAUUUUUAGUUGAAAUUAUUGAAAGGCAGUCAUAGUAACUUUUUUUUUUAAAUUAUUAUUUGUCUGUGGCAUGAGUGUAAAUUGACAGCUUGUUUUGAAAAAUGUAUGCUUUGAUUUAAUUUGGCAAGAAAUUACUAAUCAGACUGAAUUUAUAUAGAAGAAUUGAUAAUAUUGAUAGUUUUGUUUAAUUCUUAGUUGUAAUGUAUUUUUUUAAAAUACAGAAACUGUUUUGUAUAAAAGCAGUACAGUUAUUAAGGGUUCAAUUUGUACGAAUGUAAACCUAGUAAGAAAUUAUUGACAAAUGUAUUACUUUUGGUAUUCAAUAUAUAUUUUGUGUAAUUAAAUGAGAUAAAUACUUUUUUUUAACGAAACCAUAAAGAAAAAUAUUUUUGUAAACUAUCUAUUUUUAGAUAAUUAGGAAAACACUUUUAUUAUUUUUUCGUAGAACAUUUAAAGUAAUUCUGGUAAAAAUAAUAUAGACGUCAACACAUAGCAGGAGAUAAUAUUCAGUUGUUUUUUAUCUACACAGCAGUACUAUACAUGAUGUAGGUUGGCGGCGCAUGACAAUGUAAGAGAUGGUUAAUAUUGCUUACAGUGCCAAUGUGGCUCGUUUUACAGUGCCAGUCUGCUAACCUAUAAAAAAAAGUGUUGUCCUAACGUUUACUCUUAUUAUCGUGUUUUAAUUUUUGCUGCAUUCACUUAUUUUUUUUUUUUAAAUAAUUGUGGUGUUGACAUAAACAUAGUUCCUAAAACAAAAGCAAAUGUUCAUUAACAAUCGUAAGUGUGUUUGUAUUUUAAUUUAAAAAAAUAUCUGAGAUCAACGAAUUGAUUAUAUUUUUCUCAUAGUUUAUAAAUAAUCUACAUAAAUAUUCGACGUACUUUCAAAUGACAUAAAGUAUAAACAAACCCGAAAAUCUUUGGCUUACUGCCGUUGGUUAACUAACUUUUUUUCUGGCGUGUAUUUACGAUAGUUGAGUGUAUAAUAUUCUGCCAAUGUCCCAUAUAAAAUGUUUCCGCUUACGUAUUAAUGUACAGCUUUGACAGAUAAAUCACGAUUGAUUAUAGUAUCGAUAGUUCAACCAGAGGUUAAAAACUUUUGACAUUAUUUUCAUUUAAUGAUUCUGGAUACAAGCCACACCUAAUCCUUAUAAAUUAAUAAUGAAACUAAUGUAAUGCUACUAAGUGUAAAGUGUUCACACAAUUUAAAUUAUGACGAUUCCUUAACAUUAAAAAAAUAAAAUUAGUUAAUAAUUCAUAUAGUUUUACUUUUGAAUUAUAACAUAAAAAUUAGUAUUGCGUCCAGAACAUUCGGAUCAUUCGAAAUUAGCUUUCAGUUAUAUAACAUAUUUAAAAAUACCGGUGUGUAGAAGCUUGAUUGAUAUUGAAUUUAAACCAAAGGUUUUCUAUGUGAACCUAUGAACUCUAGUUUUGUCUAUGGCAAUGUCACUAUUGCUUACAUUUCAUAUCGUUUGAAAGUGCGACUACUAAAGCUUAUAUAAUUGUUGCUGUGCUUCGGCCACCGCGAAAAUCGCUGUGGGCAUCUAUCGAUAAAACGAGAUUAUGCGUAACAAAAUCGUUUUCUUUUUCCACUGAAUGAGAGUACAUAAUAUUCGUCAAGGUUGACAAACGGUUUUUGCGUCGAGAUUUUUUUUUUCAUGCCUUUUAUUGUCUACGUCGAUCUAAUUAUCCCGACAUCACAUGGUGCCUCACCGCAAUGUACCUGUUAGUUUUAGAUAUAGAAUUAGUGAUGAUAUUCACUCGAAGCCAGUUAAAGCAUAUUUUGUGUAACUUUUUUUUUCAUAUUCACUUCUACUUUUGGAAAACACCAUAUUGAAUCUUAUUUGAUUCGGAACAUUUAUUAAACGAUAGUGUAAAAUUCGACUACAGAUUAAAAUAACAUUUUUGAAGAUAAUUAAAUAUAGAUAUUAUUAUUGAUUAAUUACAGAUAUCCACUAUAGCAGCUAAAAUUCAUUUUGUUAGAACAUUAAUUAAGCC